AACGUUAAAGCGUCUAGAAAGCUUUCAGUUUCACAAAAUCCCUAUAAACCCCAAAUAAAUUUAACUUACAUUGCAAACAUGAAGUUCGCCGUUGUCGUAGUCUUGGUUGCUUUGGCUUUGGGUGCUAACGCUUCUAUCAUCCCUGGUGCAGUAGUAGUUGGUCAUCCCGGUGGUAUUAUUGGUGUUCCCGGAUCAUUAGCCGUUCAUGCUGGUAUCGUUCCCGCUAGCCCCGUUCAAAUCGUAUCUGGCCCAGCUGUUGUAGCUGCUCCCGUGGUUGUUCCCGCACCCACUGGUACCUAUGUAGCCAAAACCCGUGGUGCUGUACAUGUUGCUCCUUUGCCCGGACACAUUCAAUCUGCCGUGUCGGCCAACUUACAACCUGCCCCUGGAACUAUCUAAUUUUACUCAACAAGUGAAUUGAAAAACGUUGGUUCGACUUAAAUGCUUUUGAAUUUGGUCCCAUGAUUUUUGCCACCACCUACACCACAAUCCCAUUUCUGUCACUUCAUCCUUUUGAUGCCGCAAGAGCGAGCACUCAUUAUAAACGAACCAUAAAUGGAAACAAACCACUUCAUCGCAUCCUACGUUAACAGACCAGAACAAACCACCAGCUUCAGUUUUCUUUCUAUUUUUCUUAGUUUAAAUUUUAAAACAACAAACACACAACAGCAAAAAAACAACAAGUUGCAACAAAAAAAUAAUAAUUUUAAACUAAUUUAAGUUUUCCUUAUCCCUAUUCUUUCUUAACUUUUUAUCAUUUUCCUUUUACAUUCAUUUACUAUUUGUAUCUUUUAUUCUAUACUUUUUUGUAAUAGUCAUUCCCAGUCUUCCAUUCACUUGAUCUUGUCUUUUCUUUGUGAUAUUUUUUUGUUAUUAAUUUUCUUUUUACUCUCUGGUAAUUCUCCUCUAAGUCAUUUCUCACCUGCCAUUUACUCUCUGUUAAGAAACUGCCGUUAUUUUGUAUACACAACUUAAGAAUACCUAUGUACUCGUAUAUUCCAUACUUACUAUAUCUAUACCGUUAGUCAGCUAUGCAUGGAUCAUGUGUUUGAUAUUAUGGAAAGUUUAGAAUCAAUUUGUAAUAAAGAAUGUUAAAUUGUUUAAAAGAAAAUAAAGAAAAGCUUAAACAUUAUCAAAA